AUGGGCCUAAAAGGUAAGUUAAUUGCUUCAAUAGAAGUAAAGUGUGGAGGACACUUGAUUCAUGAUAUUUUUCACACCAAUGCGCAUCAUGUACCCACUAUAAGUCGUGCUUUCAAUCGAUUUGAGAUUCAUGAAGGUGAAAUCAUAAAAAUUGGUUCAAUUAUUAGCUGGAAUUAUAAUGACGGUGGACAAAACAAGUUUACAAAGCAAAUUAUUGAAGACAUCGAUCCUCAUAAGAAAUCAAUCCGUUGGAAAAUCAUUGGAGGAGAUGUGUUGGAGAUGUAUAAUUCUUUUACUAUUGCAGUAGCUUGUGAACCUCAAUGGGUAACAUGGACAAUUGAGUAUGAAAAGAAAACCGAAGACACUUCAGAACCCCUCAUUGAAUUGGGUAUUAUCCUCGACUUAAACAAGGAUAUAGAGGGUCACCUUGUCAAGAAUUAAAAGCUCUAUCUAUCUUUUGUGUGUGUGUUUACACACAUACAUAUCUAUGUGUGUUUAUAUGAUGAAUAAU